AUGGCUUCUAUUUCUGAACGCACUUUCAUUGCCAUUAAGCCUGACGGAGUACAGCGGGGCUUAGUGGGAGAAAUUAUCAAGCGAUUUGAACAGAAAGGAUUCAAACUGGUGGCUAUGAAAUUAAUUCAUGCCUCUGAAGACCUUCUGAAAGAACACUACAUUGACUUGAAAGACAGACCAUUCUUUGCUGGUCUAAUUGAAUAUAUGCACUCUGGUCCUGUUGUGGCCAUGGUAUGGGAAGGCCUUAAUGUCAUUAAGACUGGCAGAGUAAUGCUGGGAGAAACUAAUCCUGUAGAUUCCAGACCUGGAACCAUUCGUGGAGACUUCUGUGUACAAGUUGGCAGGAAUAUAAUUCAUGGCAGUGACUCUGCAGAAGCUGCUGAGACAGAAAUUAACCUAUGGUUUGCUCCUGAAGAAGUGAUUGACUACAGAAGCUGUGAGCACCCAUGGAUCUAUGAGUAA